AUGGAAUUCGUUAAACACUUUAAGAAGUACGGAAAGCUAGAGCGGGGGUGUAAUUCGUCUUUUAUCACUCUAGUCCCAAAGAUGAAAGACCCACUACAUCUGGGAGAUUAUAGACCAAUUAGUUUAAUUGGAUGUCUAUACAACAUAAUCUCCAAGAGUUUAGCCAACAGGAUUAAAGGGGUGAUUGACAAGAAUAUUGGUGAAGUCCAAACAACAUAUGUGAAAGGACGUAACAUUCUCGAUAAAUCUCUAAUUGUUAAUGAAUUGUGUGCAUGGGCUAAGAAGGUGAAGAAACAAGUCCUAUUGUUUAAGGUGGACCUCGAGAAAUCUUCUGACUCUAUAAACUGGGAAUACCUUAAAUCAAUUCUUAUUCAAAUGGGGUAUGGAGAUAAACGACGCGAGUGGAGUCAAGAUAGCAUUAGGAACUUAUCAAGGGUGUUGAGGUGCUUUCAGGUGGCUUUAGGUUUGAAAGUUAAUUUCAACAAAUCUAGGAUAUUCGGUAUCGGAGUUGAUAUACCGGAUGUCACUCGUUGGGUUGCGCCAUUGGGUCAUCAACCAGCUUCUUUGCCUUUCACAUACCUUGGGGUUCCUGUGGGCUCAAACAUGAAGUUAAAGAAGCAUUGGAAGCCCAUAAUUGAUCGAUUCUAUGCGAAAUUACCUCUAUGGAAAUCAAAAACACUAUCCUUUGGAGGAAGGGCAGAGGUAAUGAAUGAUAUAAAAAGGGUUGGAAUCAACUUUCAAGACAUUUUAAAGAAACAUGUGAAAAAUGGUAAUGACACUAUCUUUUGGAUAGAUGGGUGGUGUGAAGGUUCACAGUCUCCACACAGGUUACUAGCUACCAUAGGCGAUUUCCAACCAUCUGCAGAAACUUAUGUAUGGAAAUGUCCCAUAUCGAAUGAUGGUAUCUAUGAUGCAGAUACUCUCAGAUUAAAGAUUAAUAAUAUAGAACCAACGAAUAAUGAAGUAAUCAUCUCAUAG